GUCCCUUUGCCUUCACCUUUCACCCUGGAGAUGUCACCCAAUACCCACCACUAACCCUGGGUGGGGGAGAUCUUUUCAUUCAGCUGGCUCUGAUUACCCUGUGCCCACAGUGAUCUCCAAACCCUACACUGUUCCCCAGAAGCAUUCCUGGAGGUCGUUUCACCUUCUUUCCUAAGGGAUGUCGCUCUUUUCUGUAGGGAUAUGUACACCUUCUCCAACAUAGCCGCGUCCGCUGUAACGUGGAGCUGCUUCCUACUUACAAGCAACAAAAACGUAGCAGAGCAUGCUGGGCUUGGUGCGUCUUGCCGGAGAGGAUUGGACCUGCGUUGGACAGAGUCUGGGAGGUGCAUGCGCCUCGUGGUUGGCGUCGCUCGCGUUGGACUCAACACAGACCAGUCCUGGCUUCCUGGGAUAAGAUAGUUUCUAUGAGGGAAGGAAGUGAAGAUAUUAAGAUCAACACUUCAUUCUUGACCAGUGACCAGCUUCAGAGAAGAGCCAGAGUCAACAAUAGAGCAAAUUUUCCAGUUGCUGGCUGUAUCUAAGGGCACCAGAAAAUGUCCAAGUCCCAAGGCUCACUGUCAUUCAAGGAUGUAGCUGUGGGUUUCACCUGGGAAGAAUGGCGGCUACUGGACCGUGUUCAGAAGAAUCUGUACCAAGAUGUGAUGUUGGAAAAUUAUAGCAACCUGGUAUCACUGGGGUAUCAAGUUACCAAAGCAGAUGCAUUAUUCUGGUUGGAGCAAGGAAAACCAUGGAUACUAGAGGAAGAAAUCCAGAGUCAGGUUUGUCCAGAAUAUGCCUGGCAAGUCAAUGAUCACACAGAAUGGCACCGAGAAAACCAAAACAGCCUUGAAACUAUGGAGAGACACCACAAAUGUCAUACAUUUGGCAACAUAACAUCUCAUCUGAGCUCAAACCUUCAUACCUCUUUUGCACUUGGGAAACACCUGAAUCCUAAUCUGGAGUACUUUAUUCAAAACAGAAGCUAUGCAAGAAAUGAAGGUGAAUGUAAUGGAUAUGACAAAGUUUUUCUUUAUCCUAAGUAUGAGAAAAUUCAUGCUGAAGAGAAAUACAAUGAAUAUAAUGAACGUGUAAGGCUUUCAGUCAUAAGUCACAGCUCAUAAAACACUGGAAAACUCAAAAACAAGAGAAACAGUAUGACUGCAGUGGCUGUGGGAAAGCCUUUUCCCAGAAGUUGGACCUCUUUAAGCAUCAAAGAAAACAAACAGGAGAGAAGCCCUAUGGAUGCAGUAGAUGUCAGACAGCCUUCAGCCAGAAGUUCUGUCUCAUUUUACACGAGAGAACCCAUAAAGGAGAGAAACCUUAUGAGUGCAAUAAAUGUGGGAAAGCUUUUACUGAUAAGUCAUGCCUUAAUAAACAUCAAAGAACUCACACAGGAGAGAAAUGCUUUGAGUGUUGUACAUGUCAAAAAGGUUUUAGUGAUAAGUCAAAACUCACUUUCCAUCAAAGAAGUCAUACUGAAGAGAAACCCUAUGGAUGCAGCAAAUGUCAGAAAAGCUUCAGCAAUAAGUCACAGCUCAUGAUCCAUCAGAGAGCUCACACAGGAGAGAAACCCUAUGGUUGUGAUGAGUGCAGGAAAACAUUCCCCCUUAAGUUUAACCUCAUUUUACAUCAAAAAAUCCAUACCAGGGAAAAAUCAUAUGGGUGUAAUGAAUGUGGGAAAGCCUUCAUCCAGAGAUCUGAGCUCAGUAGACAUCAGAGAACUCACACAGGAGAGAAACCAUAUCACUGCAGUGAAUGUGGAAAAGGCUUUAGUGUAAAGUCAUUCCUCAAUAUUCACUGGAGAACUCAUACGGGAGAGAAACCCUAUGGAUGCAACGAAUGUGGGAAAAUGUUCUCCAUCAAGUUUAGUCUCAUCCUACACCAAAGAACUCAUACAGGGGAAAAACCCUAUGAAUGAAGUCAGUGUCAGAAGACUUUUAGCCAAAAGUCACACCUGAAUAUUCAUCAGCGGUCUCACACUGGAGAGAAACCUUAUGAAUGUGGAGAAUGUCACAAAGCCUUCAGCCGGAAGUCCUAUCUCCUGAUACAUCAGAGAAUUCACUCGGGAGAGAAGCCUUACGAAUGCCUUGAGUGCGGGAAGACUUUCUCUCAUAAGUUUAGUCUCACCACUCAUCAGAGAGUCCAUACAGGAGAGAAACCCUAUGGAUGUAGUGAAUGUGGGAAAACUUUCCCCAUCAAGUUUAGCCUGGUUUUACAUCAGAAAACACAUAUAGGAGAAAAACCCCAUGAAUGCAGCAAAUGUCAGAAAUCUUUUGCCCAGAAGUCACAUCAUAUUAUACAUCAAAGAAUGCAUAUAGGUGAGAAACCUUAUGAAUGCACUGAAUGUUGGAAAACCUUCUCCCACAAGUUCAGCCUCAUUCUACAUCAGAAAACACACAAAGGAGAGAAAUCAUAAAUGAAGUGAAUAUCUGAAAGUUGGCAGUGAGAAGGACUAGCUCAUUAUACCACAAGGUUAAUAUAAGAGUGAAACCUCAAGGCUGCAGCAAAUGUGAACAAACUUUAAUUUCAAGCUUACACAUCAUUUCUUAUCAGAGAAUAGUGCUGGGCAUGAUGCCAGUCAGGAGGUAAUACCUUUUUCAAUAAAUGUCAAUUGAAUAUAAGCCAGAGGGAACAAACAGGAAGGAACAUCUAUGUAUUAUUGAUUAUAAGGAUGUUGUUGGCAUAAAAUGCAUUUACAUCAGUUUCAGAUAAUUGACACUAAAGAAGAAAUUCUGUACUUUAGGUGAGGUGCAGUGGCUCACACCUGUAAUCUCAGCACUUUGGGAGGCCAAAUUGGAAGGAUCGUUUGAGCUUAGGAGUUCGAGACCAGUGUUUUCAACAUGGGGUUCCAUCUCUACAAAAAAAUACAAAAAUUAGCUGGAGAUGGUGCUACUCAGGAGGCUGAGGUGGAGAAUUACUUGAGCCAAGAGGUGGAGAUUUCAGUGUGCCAAGAUUUCGCCAGCCUGGGUGACAGCCUGUCUAAAAAAAUAAUAAUAAUAAGGAAAAGAAAAAAGAAAUUUGUAAUUUUGUAUGUUAAUGAAUCUGGGAAAUCAUGCUUUCAUCUGUUUUUUUUUUCUGCUCUUGUUAUAUAAUCAGCAUUAUAGAAAGUAUUGUAUUAAAUAUGUAAAUAAAUAUGUUUGUCAGAAAACAAAGCAAAAAAUAUCAGAACAAUACCAAAUAUUUAAGUGUUUUGUACCUAUUUUUAUUGUAAAAAUGAUUGCUCAUAUUUGGGAACUGCAUGUGUUAACAUCACAAUUGUGAAUUUGUAGUAUGUAUGAUUAAAUAUGCAUAAAGCCUUCCCAUAGAAUA